UUCGUAUGGGACUCAAUUAGUCGACUUGUGGACGAUGCGAUCGCUGUUGUGUUUAGUGAGCAGUUGAUGUUGAUGUUGGAAAGGUCGGAUCAAUUGGAUCGUCGCUAAACUUUCAAGAUGCUUGUCGAAAUUUUGGCCGUAUUGGCGGUAGCCCUGCUGCUGGCCUAUCGCUGGGCCACAGCCAAAUAUAAAUUCUUCGAGGAGCGAGGAAUCCAAUGCGAUAAGCCAAUUCCCUUUUUGGGUAGCAUGUGGAAAAUGGUUUUGCGCCAACGAUCAAUGUUUGAUCUAAUCAUUGAUUUGUAUAACAAAGGCGACGGCAAGGUUUUCGGCAUUUUUGAGCAACGCAACCCAUUGCUGAUGAUACGUGAUCCGGAACUGAUAAAGCAGAUAACAAUUAAGGAUUUCGAUCACUUUAUCAAUCAUCGCAAUAUCUUUGGCACUGACGUUACAGAUAAUCCCCAUGAUAUGGACAAUCUAUUCGGUAGCUCCUUAUUCUCCAUGCGUGAUGCGCGCUGGAAGGAUAUGCGCAGUACGCUGAGUCCUGUCUUUACGGGCAGCAAAAUGCGUCAAAUGUUUCAACUGAUGGACAUUGUGGCCAAAGAGGCGGUGGAGUGUUUGAAUCCCAAUCAAAUGCCAAGCGAUGGAUUAGAACUGGACAUGAAAGAUUAUUGCACCCGUUUCACCAACGAUGUCAUCGCCUCAACGGCCUUUGGCAUGCAGGUGAACUCGUUCAAAAAUCGUGAUAAUACAUUCUAUUUGAUGGGCAAGAAGUUGACCAAGUUUACGGGACUGAUGAACAUAAAGUUUUUGCUCUUCAUAAACGCAAGUUGGCUUUUUAAGUUUUUUAAAUUAUCAUUGUUUGAUAAGAAGAGCACAAACUACUUUGUGCGUCUAGUACUGGAUGCCAUGAAGUAUCGUGUAGAGAACAAUAUCGUGCGGCCAGAUAUGAUUAACAUGCUAAUGGAGGCAAGCGGCAUGGUCCAGUCAGAUAAGGAGAAGUCGGGUCCAGUUCGUGAUUGGAGCGAUCGCGAUAUAGUCGCCCAAUGUUUUGUCUUUUUCUUUGCGGGCUUCGAGACGUCGGCUGUGCUCAUGGGCUUCACAGCCAUAGAGCUGAUGGCGAACGAGGAUGUGCAGGAGAGACUGUACGAGGAGGUGAUGCAGGUCGACAGUGAUCUCGAAGGCGGCCAGCUAACGUACGAGGCGAUAAUGGGCAUGAAGUAUAUGGAUCAGGUCGUAUCCGAGGUUCUGCGCAAGUGGCCGGCGGCUAUUGCCAUUGAUCGUGAAUGCAACAAGGAUAUUACCUAUGUGCUCGAUGGCAAGAACGUUGAGAUCAAGAGAGGUGAAGCCGUUUGGUUGCCCGUCUGCGCCCUUCAUCGUGAUCCCAAAUACUUUGAGAACCCCGAGAAGUUUGAUCCGGAGCGCUUCAACGAGGAGAACAAGGACAAAAUUAAGCCAUUCACAUACUUUCCAUUUGGCAUGGGCCAGCGCAAUUGCAUAGGUUCCCGCUUCGCACUACUCGAGGCCAAGGCUGUCAUCUUCUAUAUUAUGCGUGCGUUCCGCAUUGCGGAAUCUUCGAAAUCCAAAUUACCCAUAGAGCUUGACGCCGGUGGUUUUCAGCUGAUGCCCAAAAAUGGUUUCUGGCUCAAACUCGUUCCGCGUAAUUAGAUCGAUCAAAAUAUGAUAUUACGUGUUAUUUCGUAUAUAUUUACAUUUUUAUACUUAAAAUUCAUGUUGAAAAUUAUACAAAGAAAACUGGUAUGGAGUA